GAUCAUUUUAUCAUUGAAUUGAUCACACGACAAGCGGAAAUAAACAAAAAAAAGCGCACCCUUUCAGAUGGGGAUUGUCAACACGCUCUACGAUCUUCCGGUACCGUUCAAUUAUGCUGCUGUGUCCAUGCUCAACGUGUUCAUAUUAGUUAGCGGGUACCUUCUUGUGGACGAGUAUCUGAUGAAGUAUCUUGACAACGCUAUCAAACAGACAAAAUUGCAGUCUGAACUCGUUGCCAUAAUCUUUUUAAAUAUUGGAAACGGUCUUCCCGAGCUAAUUACAGGCUUUCUUUGCGGGCAGAAGGAUCUUCUGUGUGCGUUGUACUGCUCAAUUGGCGGCAUGUUGUUCAUCACAACCGUAGUCCUAGGAUCCACCAUUUUUUUCAAAUCUAAGACCGUGGAGAUCAAAAUCGGCCUGUUCUACAAAAACAUUAUGUUCCUGUUUGUGUCAUACUUUCUGCUCUCGUGCAUUCUCAUACGAGAAACCGUGAAUAUCUUUAUUGCGAUCGCCAUGGUGAGCACAUAUGUUAUCUUCCUUGUUCACUCGGUGAUAAACAACAGGAACGAUGCAGAAGAAAUAGAAACUAUAGAGCACAGUGCUAUUGGCAGCAAGUACAAGAAAGUGCUGCAGUGGUGUUUGUAUCCCCUCAGAAUGCUAUUUAAUCUCUCGCUGAUCAACCAAAAGGGCAACAGUAAUCCUUUCGUACUGUAUUCGUGCUCGGUGUUCAUGAAUUUUAUCAUAUUCAGUUACCUCCUUGGUUAUCUCACACAGAGGAUAUUUUUAAUUUCCAUGCCAAUUCUUCUCCUGUUGAGCGCUGCUCUUUACUUUUUGGACACCGUUGUACGAAACAAAACAAUUAUGAAUUGCUACGGCAUGAUAACUGCGAUUUUAUGGAUAUUCUUUACGUCUGAUGCCAUAGUAAAUCAGAUAGAAACAGUGAGUGAGAGGUUCAACUUUUCAAAAGAGUUGUCAUCCCUGAUAUUUCUUGCGUUCGGCAACUCUUUUGCAGAUCUUGUCACCAACAGCGUUGCCGCACGAAAAGGACUAGUGAAAACAGCCAUAUCCAGCUCGCUGACCAGCCCAAUACACAACAUUUUGUUCAAUUUUGGUUUGUUACUGUCAUACUUUACGCUAUCAAAAGGCACAAUAAGCCUAGUAAACGAGUACAGCACCAUGUUUACGGUGUUUCCGAUCGUGUUUGUGCCUAUAACAUUCUUUAUAAUAUCAUUCAAUUACGAAAUAAGGAAUAGAAAGCUUGAAAUUGAGCUGGCAUACGCUCUUUUUGCGAUAUAUGGUCUGUUCGUUUGUCUGCUGGCUCUAGAGUUUUAUCUUGGGGAUUAUGGUAGGAUGUGAAGCUAAGCAAUAUGUCUGUUAAAUAGCAAAAGAUAAAUAAACCAGGAAUGCACACGAUUCUUGCAAAUAUCAAGAUAAUUGGUGCGUGUCUAUAAAAGUGUUUUUUGAUGACAUGCACGGUUUAUUGUAUAGGACUAAUAGCCUG